AUGUCUCAACUACCAAAGAGAGUCUAUUAUUCUAGGUCAAAAAUUCCAAAUACUCUACAAAUGGCACCAGGUCAACAACCUGUUCUAUUUCAUCCAAUAACAACCUUACCAGUUCAUCCAGUUCGUCUAACAACUGCGCCAAUGUUUAACGAUAAAUUUGGAAAUGAAAAUGACAAAUUAAUGAUCGAGAGUAAUGAAUUAAAGGCCGAAUUGACACGUUAUCGUCAAUAUCGAGUUUCAAGAAAUAUUCCUUCACCAAUUAUAGACAAAAGAUCAGCAUCACUGAAUGAAAUGAAUGUUGAAAAAGCAAGAACUGAGAUGAAAAAUCUGAUGAAAGGUCAGAUACUAGCUGAAUAUCAACUGGAUUAUGAAAAGACAUUCUUUGAACAAUCAACAACCAUUUACGAAAAACUGAUUCCAGAAUUAAAGAGGCUCAUGGAUGAAGUUUUUAACCCUUCUACCGGAGCAUUAGAAAAGAUCGAUCGAAGGUUACAUGCAAACACUCAACUUUCUGAA